UGCAGCGCCCCCUGUAGGAAAACCACAAAGUGACGUUUACGUAAUAACAGCAGACACGUCAUCGCAUUUCAGUGAUGUAAAAUCCACUAGAGCAAAACUUUUAUGCAACACCGAGGGAUGUGAACACGAGGCUUGAAUCAUAUCGACAGACAUGUUUCUAUACGUUAUCGUCCUCAUACUGUCGUUCUACGUGUAUCGAUGGUUCCGGGAAUUGGGAAGAGUUCCCGACAAGUCAGACAAAUUCGUUUACAUCACAGGGUGUGAUUCAGGCUUUGGGAAUCUCUUGGCUAGACACCUGGAUAAGAAGGGUUUCCGUGUCAUCGCCGGCUGUUACUCAGAAAAAGGAGAAGAUGAGUUGAAGAAGAUCUGCACGGACAAACUCACAACAUUGCAUUUGGAUGUGACUGAUAAUGACAAUGUCAAAAAAGUUGCAGACGCCAUUAAAACCCUUGUCGGGCAGAGGGGUCUGUGGGCUGUGGUUAACAACGCUGGUGUCUCUGUCCCAAGUGCUCCUUAUGACUGGUUGGGGAUUGAAGAUUUUAAACACAUGUUAGAUGUUAACCUGUAUGGGGUUAUUGCGGUCACUUUGAGCGUAUUACCUCUCAUUAAAAAAGCUAAAGGUAGAGUGGUCAAUGUGGCCAGUGUGUUUGGAAGGAUCAGUCCUAUUGGAGGAGCGUACUGCAUAUCUAAGUAUGGAGUAGAGGCAUUCAAUGACAGUCUAAGGAGAUGCCUGGCGCCAUUCGGAGUCAAUGUUUUAUGCAUUGAACCUGGUUUCUUCAGAACAACCGUCACUGACUCCUGUCUCAUAAAAACUCAUUUGGAGAAACUGUGGGAGAGGUUGCCACAAGAUAUCAAAGACGAGUACGGCAGUGACUACUUGGACAAAGUGAGUGUUAUAAUGCGGGAGAAGUUUGAGAAGAUGUCAGACGGAGAUUUGAUGAAGGUCGUGAACUGUAUGGAGCACGCCGUGGCUGCCGUACAUCCCCGUACAAGAUAUUCUCCAGGCUGGGAUGCAAAGUUCUUCUGGCUGCCUCUGUCCUACAUGCCAACCUUCAUCUCUGAUGCUUUCUUUUUGAGAAAUGCCGUUAAACCGAAAGUUUCAGUUCUGUAGACAAUUGAGUCCUUAACAGCUACUUCUCUGUGGUACUUUCACUUUUUAAUAAAUCAAUUAAACUCA